CAGCCUGAUGCAACCAAGCUCAGUGUAUUCAGAAUAUAGUUAAAGAAAGAAAGAGAGAAAAAUUCAGCAGUAGCUCUCAUCUGCUUUCAUAUCAUAUCACUUCUCUCUCUCUCUCUCAUCAUGUGCCUUUUUCUCUCUCUUUCUCUCUUCAACCGCUGUGAUGCGAGUGUGCGAGGCGAGUGCUGCUCCAGUGCCACCAGCCUCAUACGGGUAAACUACUAGUUUUUACUGUGUUGCUUGCUGCCCCAGCCUCGUAGUGUGUCAUACAUAUAAUAUAUCUCCUCUACACAGCUGCCUACGUUAUUAUAAGUGUGUUUGUGUGUGUACGAGAGAGAGGGUGUCCAGCGUGUGUCGGACAAUUCUCGUCGACACCAUCAUCAUCCCCGUCGCGGCAUAACGACCCACAGCAGUACAGUAGCAGAGUAUACCAACCAACACUCUUCUUCGUUGCUCUCUCUCUCUCUCUCUCGUUCUCUCCUCUCGCUGCACACGAACCUAUACUCUCCAGGUUGAGCACGACUUGUCGAUUCGGAGCCAACAGCUCCACACCCUCGAGAGGGGAUAAAACAAACUUAAUCUUACUCCUCUUCUUUGAGGUGGCCGUCGAGCCGUGAGACGGCCAGUGACAAGAGCCCGAGGUGCACCUAUUUGUAACUGUGACGGGAAGCAAGGCAGGCACUGUAAACAGCGGGCGACUCCGAAAAGCAAUGACUCGUGUCCGCGGUAUCUUCGAAGCAUCAAAUCUCUCCGCUACUAAGUUGCAGCUGAAGCCCGGAGUCGACAACCUGGUGGUGGUGGUGUUGGUGUCCAGCGUCGAGUGACCAGGCACCGCGGCCACCAGUCGUGGCAGGCGCCGAAGACUCGUCCAAGACCGGCCGGUCAAGAGCAGCAGUGGCACGCCAGCGAGAGCGAGCCAUUGACCUAGAGGAUCGUCCAUCCGGUCCAUCCGUCCGGCCGUGCGCGCGCGCUCGUGUGUGUGUGUGUUUUUGCGCGUGUGAAUGUACAUGUGCGUCUACGUAGGGGAUUCAUAUUCGUACCUUGUACCUACAGCCGAGUGAGCCGAGGUGGUGCGCGAUAAUAUACUUACUCUACUCUUUGCUCAUUUAUACACGACAAGUGAGCGACUGUGCUCGUACGUGGGUGCGCUCGUGUGGGUGUGAGUGUAUAUAUAUGCAUACGUACUCGAGCAUCUUCUUCGAAUAGUUUGGAGUUCGGAUAUCUGCUCUGUGCAAGCGUGUUUUGUGUGUGACUCCUUUACCACCUACACAAUUUUCAAGUGUCUUGUGAAUCGUCACCUCGGGUGCUAGCUCGGGUCUCUUCUCCCCCGUGUGUGCACCUAUAGUUUUCCGUGAAACCGUUGCUGCCUUCUUUUCCUCUUUCUGGUCUUUGUCGAACAAAAAUGAGGAUUGACGCUGAUGGUUGUCAGGUGACGCCUCGUGCCAGGCGGACUUGAGCAGUAGCACUCGCAGCAGCCCAGGAAACUUGGCUCCCCCCCCCCACCAGUUCUCUUCUCGUCGAACUUCUCGAUCACUAAGUGUACGAGAAAACUAUGGGGCUAUCCAGCACCUGCCAGCUGCACUGACAGCCAGCCAGCCCUCUGAGCAUCAGGGCACACUUCACCAGGGGGGGAGGGCACUUGUUACUCAGGACAGUACAGCUCCCAGAGAGCCCAGCGUGGCGCAGCCAUGCAGAAGAGAGAAGGCAGAGAUAGUCGCGUGGACAAGGAGGUGCAGCGGACAGGUGAUAGAAACAGGGAGCAGGAAGUUGACAAGAGAGCCUCCCGCACCAGUGCAAAUGCCUCCAGGCCCAACAUGCACACCUCCAGACACAGUGUUACUUCCACCUCGAAUCUACUCAUGGUUGGUCCUAAUUUCCGGGUUGGGAAGAAAAUUGGCUGUGGUAAUUUUGGGGAACUUAGACUUGGGAAAAAUCUCUACAAUAAUGAACACGUAGCUAUUAAAAUGGAACCAAUGAAGUCUAAGGCACCACAGCUUCACUUGGAGUAUAGGUUUUACAAAUUGUUAGGUACACACGGUAAGUAUGACGCGAACCCCACCGCGAAUAGGCCGGCCGCAAAUGCGAAAUAUUCAUAUGACAAUGCACGUACAGAAGGCGUGCCGGAAGUAUAUUAUUUCGGGCCGUGCGGCAAGUACAAUGCGUUGGUGAUGGAACUCCUUGGUCCGAGCCUCGAAGAUCUCUUCGACCUCUGUGGGAGAAGAUUUACCUUAAAGACCGUCCUCAGCAUUGCCAUACAACUCCUCCAUAGGAUAGAAUACGUUCAUACUCGGCAUCUCAUUUACCGGGACGUCAAACCGGAAAACUUCCUCAUAGGACGAAGUAGUAUGGGGAGUAGGGAAAAAAUCAUACACAUCAUUGACUUCGGACUAGCCAAAGAGUACAUAGACAUGGAAACCAACAAGCACAUACCUUAUCGAGAACACAAAAGUCUGACGGGAACGGCGCGAUACAUGAGCAUCAACACUCACCAAGGAAAAGAACAAAGCCGAAGAGACGAUCUCGAGGCCCUUGGACACAUGUUCAUGUACUUCCUGAGGGGCAGUUUACCGUGGCAAGGACUGAAAGCCGAUACUCUGAAGGAGCGGUAUCAGAAAAUCGGCGACACGAAGCGCGCCACGCCGAUCGAAGUGCUUUGUGACGGCCAUCCCGAAGAGAUGGCCACGUACCUGCGCUACGUGCGCAGACUCGAUUUCUUCGACACGCCCGAUUACGAGUACCUGAGGAAGCUUUUCCUUGAUCUUUACGAGAGACGGGGCUAUCUCCAGGACGGUGAAUUCGAUUGGACGGGAAAAACCAUGCCAUCAAACUUUGCACAACUCGUUGCACUAAGGAUGGCUGCUCCGUCUCAUGUACAGAAAACUAAGUCGGAUAAGUCGACACCGGUGGGAUCAUUGCAGACUGGCCAGGAGAUCAUUGUAUCACCAAAUCGAGACAGACACCUUGCAAAUUACAAGGAAUAUGAUGAUGAUGAUGAGGAGGAUGAUGAUUAUGAGGAAGAUAUGAUUCUCAUGAAGAAUGAAAUUAGCAUGGAACUGCAAGGCAAAUAUGUUGUAUCAUCAACAAAUGGAGAACUGGCAAAUGAUGAUCCUACAGCUGGUCACUCAAACACACCAAUAACUGCACCUCCGGAAGUAGAAAUGAUCGACGAAACCAAAUGUUGCUGCUUCUUCAAGCGAAAGAAGAAGAAAAGUGGGCGACAGAAAUGACUGAGUAUGACGAUUGGUCUUGAGGGCACGACGU